AUGGUCGACAAUAAUUUAAACCGAUGUUCAAGCCUUUAUAGCUGCUUUUCAAGCUUUAACCAGAACUUUUUUGUUGGACCUUAUUGGAAUAAGGGAAUCAUGGUCUAUCAUUCAGCUGAUCGAGUACAACCUGCUGAUGGACGGAAAAGUGUUCAAAUUAUACAAAUUACAUUUAAAGAAGCUUUUUCAAAUGAUGAAACUGCCCAGUUGCAUCAUAAUUGGGUUCAAGAAUUUAGUAUUCGUAACAUUUCUCGUAUUAGUUUGGAUCCUUUGCUAACGGAAAAACAGACUGGUUCUCGUAAAUCUACAACAACACACCAUAUGCUGCCUAUAGUGAUAUUGCAAAUGUCAAUGAACAUAAUGGAUGCAUGGGGAUGUAGGAUUAAGUUUUGGAUGUUACCUUACGUUCCAUCUUUCUUGAUAUGGAUAUAUCAACAUCAGCGAUACGAUAAUAUUAAAGAAGAACUUCGAAGUAGAGAAAAUAACAAGAUUACUUCCAAUAUUGAAGCCAAUGACUUAAAACUGUGA